UAAUAAGGAGAAGAGCAGAGAGUGAGUUAGUUCAAAGUUGCCUCUUGCCUUCUCUCUGCUGACCCUGGAGGAGACUUAGGGGCCUCUUAGGUGGUGGCAGCUGUCUUUUGUGGGUAAAUGUUUAAUUUAUUGUAAUGAAGCAGGGCAGAGAGGCUGGAGCGGCAGCACUUGGGGGCUGUGACGGGGCCUGGUGUAGGUAGUUUCUGUCUGUGGGGCACUGGCCUGCCUGCCCAUCCCUUUUUCACUGAGCAAGUUGAAGGAGUGAAAAGAAGCUAUCAAGAUGAGUGGGGAUGUAGCUGAUUCCACGGAUGCUCGUGGUACUCUCAGCCAGGUGGAGACAGGAAAUGACCGCAAUGGCCUAGAUUUCAACAGACAGAUUAAAACUGAGGACCUCAGCGACUCACUGCAGCAGACCCUCCCCCACCGGCCAUGCCACCUGACCCAAGGGCCUUCCAUGAUGUCCGGAAACCAGAUGUCUGGGGACAUGACUUCUCUUCAUCCACUCCAGCAGCUUGUGUUGGUUCCUGGCCACCUACAGUCUGUCUCCCAGUUCCUACUAUCUCAGACCCAACCUGGGCAGCAAGGUCUGCAGCCAAAUCUUCUCCCCUUUCCACAGCAACAAAGCUCUCUCCUCCUCCCGCAGACUGGGCCUGGCCUGGCCUCCCAGGCAGUUGGGCGCCCCGGGCUGCCGGGAUCCUCUUUAGAACCCCAUCUGGAAGCAUCCCAGCAUCUCCCAGUGCCCAAGCACCUACCCAGUUCUGGAGGGGCCGAUGAACCCAGUGACUUGGAGGAGCUGGAGAAGUUUGCCAAGACCUUCAAGCAGAGGCGCAUUAAGCUGGGCUUCACACAGGGAGACGUGGGGCUGGCGAUGGGGAAACUCUACGGCAAUGACUUCAGCCAGACAACCAUCUCGAGAUUUGAGGCCCUAAACCUGAGCUUUAAGAACAUGUGCAAGCUGAAGCCACUGCUGGAGAAGUGGCUGAACGAUGCAGAGUCUUCUCCAUCAGACCCCUCAGUGAGCACCCCCAGCUCUUACCCCACCCUCAGUGAAGUGUUUGGUAGGAAGAGGAAGAAGCGGACCAGCAUCGAGACCAACAUCCGCCUGACUCUGGAAAAGAGAUUUCAAGACAAUCCCAAACCCAGCUCAGAGGAGAUUUCCAUGAUUGCAGAGCAGUUGUCCAUGGAGAAGGAAGUGGUGAGGGUCUGGUUCUGCAACCGACGCCAAAAGGAAAAGCGAAUCAAUUGCCCUGUGGCCACACCCAUCAAAUCACCCAUCUACAAUUCCCGGCUGGUCUCUCCCUCUGGGUCUCUGGGCACCCUGUCUGUCCCACCUGUCCAUAGCACCAUGCCUGGAACAGUAACGUCAUCCUGUUCCCCUGGGAACAACAGCAGGCCUUCGUCUCCUGGCUCAGGACUCCAUGCCAGCAGCCCCACUGCAUCUCAAAAUAACUCCAAGGCAGCAGUGAACUCCCCCUCCAGUUUUAACUCUUCAGGACCUUGGUACCGAUGGAAUCAUCCCACCUACCUCCACUGAGACCAAAAAGUUCCUCCUAUUCCACCUGGCCUUGUAUUCCCCACUGGAAGGAAGGGAGUCACAUUUCCUCUGUAUGGACAUAUUGCUUUCAGAAGAGUGGAAGAGAAUUCCCACUAUCCAUGACCCAAACUCUUGCCUUCUUCAGGAGCAAGGGCCUCAGAGAUCCAAACUGUGAUUGAACCAUGUGCUGACUCCUAGUGCUCUUGAGAUAAAGCCUCCUCCUAGGAGUCUACCAUUUUCACCUUCCUCGCCUGUGCCCUUUGCCUCUAGUUCUAAAUAUUUCAGAUGGCUUCACUGUGGCAGUAGUCUUUCAGAGGAAGGAUGCCUUGCCAUUAUUCUCCAACUCACAUGCUGGAUUUCUUGGGACAGCCACUUGCCUGCUGUGCCAGACCACCGCAAGGAGAGAUAAUGGUUUUGACUUUGAACUUGGCCAUUUCUGAACUGACUCUCAAACCUGUGAAGAGUUGAAUCUGAUGUUGCCUUCUUGGUGUUUUCCCUGGGCAGUAGUUCUCUGGCUGAAUCUCCAUUUCACCUCAUUCUCCUUAGUCCCCUUUUCUAGAACCAAUUCUCCUGAUUCCUUUUUUACUUUCCCCCUCAGAAGGCAGAGAGAGCCUCAGUCCCCUGGGCACAUUUCCCUGUUUACAGGUGCUCUUCUGUUUGCUUACAUUGGCUCCAGAGUUCAGGAAUCCUUGUUUCUUCUCUCUCUGUCUUUCUCCUUAUCUCAUUCUCUCUUCCUUCUCCUGGCAGCAGAAGGAAGAACACAAAAAGAAAUGUGCAACAAUCAUGCUGGCAGAAUACUGUAUAUAACCCUGUCCUGUUUUUGCAUUAUGUUCUUCCUUUCUUAAUGUGGAGUUUUCCAGCAAAAUAUUUAACUCAGGUGUGAAUUUUGAAGAUGUCUCUGUAAUAUUUUAUCUUAAAAAAAAAAAAGAAAAAAAUACCAAAGUGUGAAAUACUGUACUAGCUCCCACAAGAGUUCCACCGUGAGCAGGGAAUCCUGGUUGGCUUCUUUGGGAACAUUAUGUUGAUUCUCCUUCUUUGUGGGCCAGUGUGUAGAGAUGUAACAUGAAGCCAUUGUAGAAAUGGUGACCUUUUUUUGAAAGACUGCAUAUCCAAGAAAAUGUUGAGAUUCAAAGGAAUCUCUCUGUUCUUAAAUAAAUUUGUAUAGUAACAAUAUAAACUAUUCCACUAUUGAU